AGCAUCACGACCACUUGCAAUUUUAAUUUAGCUCACAGAACAAUACUGCAGGUGCGACACCCCGCACGUCCGCAGGGGGAAGCCCUUUCCUCUCUCCGUUUUUCUCUUCUUUUUGUAACUGAGUGGAGAGGAGCGUUGCGCUCACGACCCCUUCUGAGGAUGGAAUCAAAGGGCCGUGUUCUCGGUGCAGUUCGCACGCUGUCGGAGGCCGUGUCAGCGCAAGUGAAGACGGAAGAGGCCCGUGUGCUGGUCCUAAAAGUUGUGUCUGGCAAGUUAGAGUCUUUCAACCUGCACCAACUUGAGCAGGCCCUCUGCUACUUUACAAACCACAACAGCGAAUACACAAACGUGACGGAGGACGAGUUUCACGUGCUCGCGGAGGAGACGCUGAACAACUCCAUUCGGUCUAUUCUCGUCUACGACGACUUCUCCGGUUACUUCGGCGAUGCCGAGGUGUACUCGCUCUCCAUGGCUUUCCAAUACAACCUUUCCGUGGAGGCCCUCACCCUCAGCGGCAUCAACAUCAGCGACGAGUCCAUCUGCGCCCUGUGCGAGGCCCUUGUGCGGUCCCGUGUCAACUACAUCGACCUGUCCAACACACCGCUGGAGGACGAAGCAGGGCGGUCCAUCGCCGCCUUGGCGCACGUCAACCCCUAUUUGCGCACCGUCAUCGUCGACGACACCCUAAUCGCCGACGACGUGCUGGACGAGAUUGACGUGGCCUGCCAGUUUAACCACAGCAACUGGGAGGGCAACGACAGCCGAAUGGACGAGGCGCUGCUCCGCAGUUCUGAUCUCAUCCGAUUAAAGCACCGCCUACAGCACAUCAUCCGUGCGCAGCACAAGAAGGUGCACUUCUGUGUGGCCCACCUCUUCGGCUGCUGCCCUAACGGUGAUCUGUGCCUGUACUCGCACUCGUUGGGAACCAGCGAGCUCGGCGAGCUGGACACGUCGCUGUCGGCGAAAAUAUCGGAGCUGUUUGCGAGCGGCGGGAACUGGGAGGAGCGCCUGCCACCACGUCCCUCCGACGGUGCCUCGUGGCGCAACCCAGAGGACGCAGUGAAGAGGAGGCCACGGCUGAACAAAACCCCGCAGGAACGCCAGAAGGCGAAGGAGGAGGAAGACAAGAAGACUGCUGCUGCCGCCGCUGUCAUGGACCAGGCACGCUCUCAUUGGGCGCCUCUCCUCAACGGGCUAGUUGGGAUGUGUUGCGGGAUGCUCGUGGUCGGCGUAAUCAGUGCUGUUGCGCGCCGCAUCGCACGCAGCAAAGGUGCGACGUAG